GAAAACAGUAAAGGGCACGGAUAUCCUCUUUUCUGGAGAGAUACGUGAGAGCAUCCAUGUGCAUUCUGACAAAAUUCCUCGUAUAAAAAUAUUGAGACCAAGUAACGGAAGAAAUUAUCUACCAAUUCGGAAAGUUUUAGCUUAAGCGAAAUUGUUUGAGUUUGGUUUUAAAGUUAUUUGAAAAUUCAGAUAUGCGAAUAAGGACAUGGCUCACAGCAGCAGUGGUGGGUGUUUUGUUUGUCCCAAUUGUAUUUACUCAUUCGUAUGAAGAACAACAAAAACGGAUAAUGUCUUCGGCAAAGAUUCAAGAUUCGGGAUUAUUGAGAUCUCUCCCAUCAUCGAUGUCUUAUUCCAUUUUCCUGAGCGCUCUUAGCGGUCUACAGAGGACAACGCAAAGGAAAAGAACGGCGAUGGGAAUGGAUCUGACGGACUACCUAUGGAACAAGGCCCACGAAAAACAUCGAGCAAUUGUGCUUCAACGAAUGAUGAAGAAUGGAAAAAGAUGAAAAAGAAUUUGCUUCUGUUGCGGGUGAGAACCAUCUGGAAACGCUUCAUAUUCAGACUCAAGUUAUGGAUUUAUAGAAAGAAGAACCAUGGGGAAAAAAAAAAGCCAAAACUUAAAACUGCUAAAAAGAUCUUUCCAGAAUAUAUAUUACUCUAAGUUAUAUUAGACAACAAAGCCGAUAUUAAUAAAUAAUUUAUUUUAUAAUAUUUUGUAAUAUAAAAACUUAUUAUGUAAUUUGGAAUCCGUGAAAACUAUUCUGAUUUUAACUUGUUUUUCAUUUCGUGUGAACAAUAAAUGUUUACAGAAUUGAGCAAUAAACUAUGUU